GAUUUCUUAUUAAAAUUCUAAUGAGUAAAUAUUCAAUUGCUACAACCAACGUAGGAACUAUUAGCAAGCAAACACCUAAUGACCUAGGACAAUGAGCAUGUGGUUUUAAAUUAUCUCAAAAUUCACCCUUUAAACCAUCAUUAUUAUAACAACAAUAAUAAUUAAUAUUAUUUUUAAAGAUAAAAAAAAUCAUAUGCCCAUUAGAUUAUCAUGCAUCCCACCCCUCUCUCACAUGAACCUUACUCCCCAAUAAAAAUAUCCCUCAAAUUUAAUAAACACUCACACCCAAAAACAAAAAUUAUAAAGAAAAAAAAAAUCUACAAAAAAAUAGAAGAAAGAACAUAAAAAAAAGGUAACAAAUUAAAACCUAAACCUAAUAAAGGAAACAAGAACACCCAAAAAUAAUUAAAUUUUUUAAAAAGGAAAGAAAUAAAAAUUCCAUAGCAAUGAAGCAGCUGCAAAACCUCCAACAACAACAAACCUCAUCUUCUUCAUCUAUGUCGUCAUCAUCGGAAGCUGUUUCUCUCUCCUCUCUUCCUCCGACCACCGCCGAUCCUCCGUCGGCGAUGUCUUCGUCGGAAGAUUUAUCGGCGCCGUCAACCGCCACCGGCGGCCAAGAAUCGAUCGUCGUUGAACGUCGUGGUGAUUUCUCCGCAAUUUGUCGUUGGACCGUCGCUAAUUUCCCUAAAAUCAAAGCUAGGGCACUUUGGAGCAAGUAUUUUGAGGUCGGAGGUUUUGAUUGUCGUCUUCUUGUUUAUCCUAAAGGUGAUUCUCAAGCUUUACCUGGUUAUAUUUCGAUUUAUCUGCAAAUUGUGGACCCUACUAAAUCCCCUUCAAAUUCUUUGAGAUGGGAAUGUUUUACUAGUUAUAGAUUAUCUGUUGUUAAUUUGUUGGAUGAUUCGAAAACUAUACAUAGGGAUUCUUGGCAUAGGUUUAGUAGUAAGAAGAAAUCGCAUGGUUGGUGUGAUUUUACGCCUUCCAAUUGUAUUCUUGAUUCUAAAGGAGGGUUUGUGUUUAAUGGGGAUUCUAUUUUGAUAAUGGCGGAUAUUUUGAUACUUAAUGAGAGUGUUAAUUUUACUAGGGAUAAUAAUAAUAGUAGUAAUAGCAGUAGUAGUAGUAAUAAUAAUGAGGUGCAAUGUGGGGCUGGCGGCGGAGGAGGGGGGAUUUCCGGGUUGGGGAACGUUGGGCCGUCUUCGUCUGAUGUGUUGAGUGGAAAGUUUACUUGGAAAGUUCAUAAUUUUAGUUUGUUUAAGGAGAUGAUUAAGACGCAGAAGAUUAUGAGCCCGGUGUUUCCUGCUGGGGAGUGUAAUUUGAGGAUUAGUGUGUACCAGAGCUCGGUCAAUGGGGUGGAGCAUUUGUCCAUGUGUUUGGAGAGUAAGGAUACGGAGAAGAGUAGUGGUACGACGGUGCUGCUGUCUGAGAGGAGUUGUUGGUGUUUGUUUAGGAUGUCGGUAUUGAAUCAGAAGCAGGGGUUGAAUCAUAUGCAGAGGGACUCGUAUGGGAGGUUUGCAGCAGAUAAUAAGAGUGGGGAUAAUACAAGCUUGGGGUGGAAUGAUUAUAUGAAGAUGUUGGAUUUUGUUGGCCCGGAUGCAGGGUUUUUGGUAGAUGAUACUGCGGUUUUCAGCACUUCGUUCCACGUUAUUAAGGAGUUUAGUAGUUUUUCUAAGAAUGGGACUGCUCUAGGAGCGAGGGUUGGAAGUGGUGGCUCGAGGAAGGCAGAUAGCCAUAGUGGGAAGUUCACUUGGAGGAUUGACAAUUUUACCAGAUUGAAGGACCUUCUGAAGAAAAGAAAGAUAACUGGGCUCUGCAUUAAGAGCAGGAGGUUUCAGAUUGGCAAUCGAGACUGUCGCCUUAUUGUAUAUCCUCGAGGGCAGUCUCAGCCUCCGUGUCACCUUUCUGUAUUUCUUGAGGUUACGGAUUCACGAAAUACCUCCAGUGAUUGGAGUUGCUUUGUUAGUCAUAGGCUAUCAGUUGUGAACCAGAAGAUUGAGGAAAAAUCUGUGACAAAAGAAUCUCAAAAUCGCUACUCCAAAGCUGCUAAGGAUUGGGGCUGGCGUGAAUUUGUUACACUUACUAGCCUGUUUGAUCAAGACUCAGGGUUCCUUGUGCAGGAUAGUGUUAUUUUCUCAGCAGAGGUUCUUAUUUUGAAGGAAACCUCCGUCACGGAGGACUUCUCUGAGAACGGUUCUGAGAAUGAUAGCACUGGGAAGAAAAGUUCGUUUACCUGGAAAGUUGAAAACUUCAUGUCCUUCAAGGAAAUAAUGGAAACCCGUAAAAUCUUCAGCAAAUUCUUUCAGGCUGGUGGAUGUGAGCUACGCAUUGGUGUUUAUGAGUCCUUCGACACCAUAUGCAUAUAUCUGGAGAGUGAUCAAUCAUCUGGAAGUGAUCCUGAUAAGAAUUUUUGGGUUAGAUACAGGAUGGCCGUGGUGAAUCAGAAGAAUUCUUCCAGGACUGUUUGGAAGGAGUCCUCUAUAUGUACAAAGACUUGGAACAAUUCUGUUCUCCAGUUCAUGAAGGUUUCUGACAUACUAGAACCAGAUGCUGGGUUUCUUUUGCGAGAUAGUGUGGUUUUUGUCUGUGAAAUCUUGGAUUGCUGUCCUUGGUUUGAGUUCUCUGACUUGGAGGUUCUUGCCUCUGAGGAUGAUCAGGAUGCUCUGACAACUGACCCUGAUGAACUGAUAGACUCUGAAGAUAGUGAAGGAAUAAGCGGUGAUGAAGAGGACAUAUUUAGAAAGCUUCUAUCUAGAGCCGGGUUUCAUCUUACAUAUGGGGACAAUCCUUCACAACCGCAAGUCACUUUAAGAGAGAAACUUUUGAUGGAUGCUGGUGCUAUAGCUGGUUUUUUAACUGGACUUCGUGUAUAUCUUGAUGAUCCCGUCAAAGUGAAGCGCUUACUUCUCCCUACCAAGUUUUCUGGUUCUAAUGAUGGAAAGAAGGUCUCCAAGUCAGAGGAAUCAUCCCCGAGUUUAAUGAAUUUGUUGAUGGGAGUAAAAGUAUUGCAGCAGGCUAUUAUUGAUUUACUCCUGGAUAUAAUGGUUGAAUGUUGCCAGCCUUCAGAAGAAGGCUCUAAUGAUGAUGUAUGUGAUGCAAACUCAAAGACUUCUCCAAAUGAUAAUGGGGCUGUAUCCCCUCUACAUUUGGAAAGGGAAAAUGGAGCAACAGAGCAAAUGGAGCACCCUUUGUUUGAGAGAUUGGAUUCAGUAGCCAGUGGAAGUGUAAAUUCUGCUGCUGUUCAAAGUACAAGGACGAGCACAGGUAUGGGCACAACUGAAAUUGAUGUGCAUGAAAAGUUUAUUCCUGGACAGCCUACAUGUCCACCAGAAACUUCUGCUCAGGUACCACCUGAAACAGCUUCUCUCCGCUCAAAGACUAAGUGGCCUGAGCAAUCUGAGGAGCUGUUAGGACUCAUUGUUAAUUCCUUGAGAGCACUGGAUGGAGCUGUUCCUCAAGGCUGUCCCGAGCCAAGACGAAGACCUCAAUCUGCUCAAAAGAUUGCUCUUGUUUUGGAUAAAGCUCCUAAGCAUUUGCAACUGGACCUUGUCGCUUUAGUGCCCAAAUUGGUUGAGCCUUCCGAGCACCCUCUUGCAGCUUUUGCGCUUCUUGAAAGACUUCAGAAGCCUGACGUUGAACCGGAGUUGAGGUUACCUGUCUUUGGUGCUUUAAGUCAAUUGGAGUGCAGCAGUGAGGUCUGGGAACAAGUUUUGUUUCAGUCUUUUGCACUUCUGGCAGAGUCAAAUGAUGAACCUCUGGCAGCUACAAUAAAUUUCAUAUUGAAGGCUGCAACUCAUUGCCAGCAUCUUCCAGAAGCUGUCAGGUCUCUCCGUGUAAGGUUUAAACAACUGGGACCAGAUGUUUCUCCUUGUGUUCUCGACUUUCUAACUAGGACUGUACAUAGUUGGGCUGAUGUUUCGGAAGCUAUACUUAGAGAUAUUGAUUCCGAUGAUGAUUGUGGUGUAAAUUGUUCUUCAUUGCCUAAUGGGGUGUUCUUUUUUGGUGAAAAUGGUCCCCCUUCGGAAAUCUUGACUGUGAUGAAUGAGCGUUCAUUCUGUGGUAGUCAUCAUUUUUCUGAUAUCUACCUCCUGAUUGAAAUGUUAUCCAUACCUUGCCUUGCUGUUGAUGCUUCUCAGACGUUUGAGAAAGCUGUGUUUCGAGGGGCCAUAAUGGCUCCAUCUGUAGCAAUGGUCUUAGAAAGACGUCAUUCUCAAAGAUCUGGGUAUAAUGCAAGAUAUCUUGCUGAAGCAUUGCAGCACACAGAGGCAGUAGUAGAGGGAGAGGUCGAUGAGCAGCUCAUAGCCACACAAGAUGAUUUUACCACACUUCUUGGUCUGGCAGAGACUUUGGCACUGUCCGCUGAUUCUCGUGUAAAAGGGUUUGUGAAGUUGCUUUAUACUAUCUUAUUUAAAUGGUAUGCUGAUGAUUCCUAUCGUGGGAGGAUGCUGAAGAGAUUGGUUGAACGUGCAACCUGUAGUGCGGAUACUGCUAGAGAAUUAGAUUUAGAUAUGGAAGUCCUGGUACUUCUUGUCUGUGAGGAGCAAGAAAUCAUAAGACCAGUUCUUAGCAUGAUGCGGGAGGUUGCUGAACUUGCUAAUGUUGAUCGUGCAGCACUUUGGCAUCAACUAUGCUCUAGUGAAGACGAAAUUGUCAGACUUCAAGAAGAAUGGAAAUCAGAAAAGACUAAUUUGAUUAAUGAAAAAGCUAUGAUAUUACAGAAGCUGAAUGAUUCUGAAGCGGCAAACUGUCGUCUCAAGGCUGAAAUGAAGGCUGAGUUGGACCGUUUUGCUCGGGAAAAGAAGGAACUUUCAGAACAAAUGCAGGAUGUUGAAAGUCAACUUGAUUGGCAUCGUGCUGAGCGAGAUGAGGAGAUCACAAAGCUAGCUGCUGAGAAGAGAACACUGCAUGAUCGUCUUCAUGAUGCAGAGGUGCAGUUAGCUCAAUUGAAGUCCAGGAAGCGCGAUGAGCUAAAGAGAAUAGUGAAGGAGAAAAAUGCUCUUACCGAACGUUUAAAAAACGCCGAAGCUGCCAGGAAACGAUUUGAUGAAGAGUUGAAGCGAUAUGCGACGGAAAAUGUGACUAGAGAGGAGAUUAGGAUAUCAUUGGAGGAUGAAGUGCGUAGACUAACACAAACAGUUGGGCAAACCGAAGGGGAGAAGCGAGAGAAGGAGGAGCAAGUUGCUCGUUGUGAAGCAUACAUUGAUGGAAUGGAGUCAAAAUUGCAGGCUUGCCAGCAAUACAUCCAUACGCUUGAGGCUUCACUUCAGGAAGAAAUGUCACGGCAUGCUCCUCUUUAUGGUGCUGGCUUGGAGGCUCUUUCAACGGAGGAGCUUGAGACCUUGUCUGGAAUUCACGAAGCAGGGUUACGGCAAAUUCAUGCCCUUCAACAACAGCGCAAGGGCUCUCCUUCUGGUAGUCCUCUUAUUAGCCCACACGCACUUCCACAUUCUCAUGUAUUAUACUCCAAUGUGUUGCCACAUGCUGCACCACCUCCUUCAUCCAUGGCCGGUAAUUUGCCCCCUAAUCUCAUCACAAACGGUGCUGGGAUCCAUGGCAAUGGCCACGUAAAUGGUGCAGUGGGACCUUGGUUCAAGCAUUCUUAAAAUAGCUGAGAAAGUGGUGGUUGCCCAGUUUUCUCGCUGGCCACUCACGCUUGAGGUUUUAUUUGGUGGUUCUAGGGAAAAAAAGGGGUUUUAUUCAUUUUUUGGGGGGUCGAUAGUGAUUAUGCCUCAUCUUUGGCGUAACUACUGGUAUUUCGGAGAGAUCUUAGGGAUACAUAUAUAAGGGUAAAUGAGGAUGGCGACGUGUGGGUAUAAGUUUUUGUAUUUGCUAGAGGGGGGGUGUGUCUCUGUGAAACUAGUAGUUGCAAAUGCCUACAUUAUUUCGUUCAUCCUUUUUGCCUAAAAAGGUUAAUUGAAAAAAGCUUCAAAAGUUUUGGUAGCUCCCUAUUUCACAUUAUUGCUUUGAUCAGACCCUGACUAUGAAUUUAGGUAAUACGAAGGCUAUUUAUCUUUUGU